AUGUUUCCAGGCAACACCAGUGUUCCGCACACGUCAGUGAGGUCCACUGCCUCUGACUGCAGCGUGGGAGAUAGCACCAGAAAGAAGUCAUCCUCCAGCACAGAGAGAGAGAUGAGCGGAAGGAAUUGGAGCAUCACCAACGAGCUCCGCCUUGAAGCUCCGCCCUGUGAUGUCAUCAUUAGAGUUAACGGAGUGGAAUUCAAAGCUAACAAGCAAAUCCUCUCCUGUUGCAGUGUCUACUUUGGGAUACUGUUUACCAACUGGGACAAGAUGGUCUAUGAAAUCCCUGGUGUUUCAGCUGAAAUGAUGGGUCUCAUCAUCGAUUUCGCCUACACUGGACCAGUAUCGAUCACAGAGGACAACGCUGAGAGUUUGCUGGCUGCAGCCGACCAGUUCAAUGUCAUGGGCAUUGUCAACCUGUGCUGUGAGUUCCUCCAUUCCAGGCUCUGCUUUGAGAACUGCAUUGGCAUCUGGAGAUUAACUAGCUAUUACUACUGCCCUGACCUGCGCGCAGCCGCCUGCGCAUACAUCUUGCAUCACUUCGAGGAGGUGUCCCAGGUGUCCGAGGAGUUCCUAGACCUCUCUGCUGAGGAGCUGGCACAUAUCAUCGAGAAGGACGAGCUCAACGUGAGGCGAGAAGAAGCCAUGCUCGAGGCUGUGCUGAGGUGGAUCACUCACGACCCGCAGAACAGGAGGCAGUACAUCGCCUGCUUGCUGGACAAGGUUCGACUGGCACUCCUACAGUCGAACAACGUCGAAGCUCACGAGUACGUGAAGGACAGUGCUGAGGGCAAAGAUCUCAUCAUCAGGGCCCUGUCAGAAAUCUACAACCUGAACUCGUACGGCCAGAGCUCCUCAGCCGACGCCAAGCCACUCACCCUCCAUGACCGAGGGGCCACAGUGGCCGGCGUGGUGGGCGUGGGGCGGCUGAUCACCGGCAUGGACAGGGGGCUGCAGGGCAUGUGCGUGAACGAGCGGCGUCACCUGGGCCCCACCUGGGCUACGGCAGCAUCGGCCUUGGCCACCCCCUGCUCCCGGAGGGUCCGGAGGAUCCCCCGCACUCACUCGGGCUGCCGGAUCCGGACCGUGGCUUUCUCCAGCUCGGGCACCUGCGGGCAGAGCAGAGACCCCGCUCGGUGCCGCCCUGGUGGGACCGAGGAGCCUCCAGCGCCCUCCUGGCCGCGCUCCCCCGCCCAGCCCCGGGGCCGCCGCUGCCCCAGCCCGGGCUCCCGGCCCGCGGACCCCGCUCACCAUCGCUCCCGCUCCGCUCCCGCCGGGCCGCGCAGCCGCGGGGCGGGGCCGGGGGGGCGGGACCGGAACGCGGCCGCGGGGCCGGGGGGGACUCGGGGCGUGCUCGGGGUAGGGGGUGCGGGGGGACCCCCCGUGCCCCGGCUGCGCCUCCGCCCGGCGCCCGCAGCAGCGCGGGGCGGGACCGGCGGUUUCGUUUCUGCCGCAGCGAGCGGGGAGGGCGAAGCAGAAAGGAAAGGUUCCAAUAAAGAAGCCGCGGGCAAGGGCGCCCGGCACUGA